AUGGACUCGGUCUCGGUGUUGCUUAGCUCUACGUCCGAAAGUAAUCAGGACAAGUUUUUUCUGAAAAAAUAUUCUGAAUUCUUUGCUGGCAUAAUCAUGCUACAAUCUAGUCAGCAGCCAAUAAACGGAUCCUCCUUGCCCUCCUGCCAAAUAUCGUUUUGCACAGAACCAAUCCAACAAGUAACUCUGUCCAAUUUAAAAUCAGCAGGCAGAUUCCCAGUUACUUUUCAGAAAACCGAACUACCCAAAGGUUCUGCUGAGCAAGUGGAAAAAGCAUCGCCACUGUCAAAGGAUGCCUGGCCGAAAUUCAAACUGACCGCUAAAGUUCUCCGACCAAGCUUUCCUAUUCCUAACAUCACAAUCCUGAGAAACGGAGAACCUUUACCUGAAGAAGUAAAAUUGCGGGCUAUCACCAAACCGGGUCUUCUUGAACUCUCACUUGAGAACGCUACCAGGGCGGAUUCUGGGGCCUAUGAGAUCAAGUUCAAAAACGAUAUCGGAGAAAUGGUUGUACCCAUGAAUAUGAAUAUCCUUGGUAGGUUUUAA